UGAUUGAAUGUGAUUGUCAAUAAGUGAAAAAUUUACUGAAUAUCAAAAGAAAAUAAGAAAUAUAGUAUUUAUUCGCUUGUAUUGCGAUUUUUAGAUACAAAAAAAGUGAUUCAUUUGUCAUCCAAACAUGGGAUGCAUGUUGAGAAGUGAUCUUAUGACAUUUUGUGAUAUAUUUAUCCAGCCUGAAACAGCCUUCGAAAUUGUCGCCCAUUUCGGAGAGAUGGGCUGCGCACAAUUCGUAGAUAUGACACCAGAUGUUAAGGCCUUUCAAAGAAAUUAUGUCACGGAAGUUUGUCGUUGUGCUGAGAUGGAACGAAAACUCCUAUAUAUGGAAUCAGAAAUGCUAAAGGAUAACAUCGAGAUAGUCAUGUAUGAUAGUCUAAAGCCAGCAGCGCUGCCUCUUAAUGAAUUGAGUGCAUUGGAAAAUAUUAUUGACAAAUGGGAAAGUGAUGUCAUUGACAUGUCAGAAAAUCAAACUACCCUUUUGAAGAAUUAUUUAGAAUUGACAGAAAUGAACUACGUUCUGAAUAAUAUUGGACCAAUGUUAGGGGAAUCAGAAAUGACAGAGGAGGCCAUAUUUGGAAAGACCGCCGCAGGUGAUACAGGCUUACAAGGUCGGCUAUUCGUAAUUAGCGGCGUUGUGAAACGAUCGAGAUCUUUCCCUUUUGAGAUGAUGAUGUGGAGGGUAUCUCAUGGAAAUAUUUACUAUCGAUUAGCAUCGCAGGAUACAAUAUUACAAGACCCAGUAACCGGUCAAGACAUUCGAAAAGUCGCUUUUCUAGCGAUAUUCCAGGGUGAGCAGUUAUCUGCUAGACUUGAGAAGGUCUGCUCCGGCUUUCAUGUCAAUAUGUACACAUGUCCGCAAUCAUAUAAUGAUCGGAUGGAUAUGAUGAUACAGCUAGGAACUAGGAUCGGUGAUUUGGAACAAGUGAUGAGUAAAACUAAAUAUUAUCGGUGUAAAGCUCUACGGACAGUGAGCAAACAAUGGGAUACUUGGAUGGUGCAAAUCAAAAAGUCUAAAGCUGUUUAUCACACAAUGAAUAUGUUUACUUUAGAUAUUACGAGAAAGUGUCUGAUUGGGCAGUGUUGGGUUCCGGAUACUGAUCUGCAAAAGGUUGAAGAUAUGUUAGCACGUAUAACGGAAAAAGAAGGGUCUAACGUUGAAUCUUUUAUAUUGAAGUCCGACGAUGCCGACGAACCACCCACUUACCAUCGCACUAACAAGUUCACUAAAGGUUUCCAGGCGCUCAUCAACGCCUAUGGCGACUCCACUUAUAGGGAAUUGAAUCCCGGUUUAUACACGAUAGUCACAUUUCCGUUUUUGUUUUCUGUGAUGUUUGGAGACGUCUGCCAUGGGAUUAUUCUCUUGUCUUUUGCGGGAUGGAUGGUAUGGGUAGAAAAAGAUCACAUGGACAAAAGAUCUAGAAAUGAAAUAUGGAAUAUUUUCUUUGGUGGUCGCUACGUUAUAUUGAUGAUGGGGAUAUUUACAUUAUACACAGGAUUUCUAUAUAACGUUUUUUUCUCCAAAUCAAUUAUUCUUACAACUCCAUAUUGGAAAAAUACUUUUGAUAGGGAAACAAUUGAGAACAAUCAUUACAUUGAGUUGAACCCGGUGUUUGAAACAAAUCCACCCUAUAUAUUCGGCGUGGACCCUGUUUGGGCGCUUGCGAAAAAUAAAAUAAUGUAUUUGAAUUCAUUGAAAAUGAAGUUAUCCAUCAUAAUUGGUAUUAUCCAUAUGAUGUUUGGCCUAUCCUUAAGUCUCUUCAAUCACCUUUAUUUUAAGCGCCGAUAUGCAAUUUUCUUGGAGUUCAUUCCUCAGAUAUUAUUUUUGACUUGUCUGUUCUUUUGGCUUGUGACUUUGAUGUAUAUGAAGUGGUUUAUGUUCAGCGGAAAAUAUCGUGAAUUAAAACGAAGUGCUGGCUGCGCUCCCUUGAUUCUGAUAUUGUUUAUUGACAUGGUUCUUUUAUCAACGUCAAAACCGGUUGAAGAAGACUGUGAUGCUUACAUGUUCAGUAACCAGGAACGUUUUCAACGAUUAUUGGUCAUAAUUGGAGUAAUUUGUGUUCCAAUCCUAUUAUUUGGAACACCGGUAUAUCUCAAUAAGGCCAAUAAGAAAAAGAAAGCUGAAGCCCUUAAAAAGGUUAGUCAAUUUCGAAGGUAUCAGCGGCGUGAAUCCGAUAACAAGCGAGUGGAAGAUAAAAUACUAAAAGAAGUAGCAAAGUACUCAGUACCUUUUGGCGAACUAAUGAUUCAUCAAGCUGUGCACACGAUCGAAUUUGUACUAAGCACUAUAUCCCACACGGCCUCCUACCUACGUCUGUGGGCGCUGUCCUUAGCACAUGAACAAUUGUCGGAGAUGUUAUGGGUAAUGGUGUUUGCUAAGCUUGGUUUACGAGAAUAUUCAAUGACUGGCGGUGUUAAAAUAUUUCUCAUAUUUGCUGUUUGGGCGGUCUUCAGUCUUUCAAUCUUAGUAGUUAUGGAAGGAUUGUCCGCGUUCCUUCAUACUUUACGAUUGCAUUGGGUUGAAUUUAUGAGCAAGUUCUAUUCUGGAACAGGCUAUCCGUUUAAACCCUUUAGUUUUAAAGCAAUUUUAAGCGGCGAAGGCAAAGAUGACAAAUCUGAGGCAAUGUGUAAGAAGAAGGUCGCAAAUUAAUUUGUAAAUGGAUAAAGGGAAGAUGUAAUAAUAACUUUCUAUAAGAUGAUUUUAGGUUUACAUGUAAUAAUGAUAUUGUUUUCUGUUAAGUGACUUUAAAGAUAGUAAAAGUAUAUUUUAAACUUUUAAAAAGAUGUAAUUCUUUUAUAAUAAGAAUUCUUUACAAAAUCUGUUUUUUUUUGUAACUACGGGCGUUAAAGAUUUGUUUUCCAAUUAUUUAGAAUUUAUUAGAAAUAAUUCAGAAAACUUACUCACUACUUCGAAUCCUUAUAAUACUAUUUAAGUUAUAUUAAACCUUCGUCGUAUCGUAAAAAUAAUGCAAUAUAUAUUUUGAUUUUUGGGAAUGGUGUUAUUAAAGUGUAAAAUAGUUUUUACACCGAAGUAUGAUGAAUGAAAUAUGUCAAAACAGUUUUUUUGUGUGCAAAAACAUGAUUAAAAAAAGCAUCGCUAUUGCAUUCGACCUAAAAUUAAACAAUACGAUACGAUGUAUCUUUUUAUACUAUUUUGUUACUGGAAAAGAGUUUUAUUUACCGUGUCUAUUUUUUAUAAAGUUCAGUUCAUUUUUAUUUGCUAUAUUCUAUCAAACUAUGGUUAACAAUGAAACUGUUAGUUUGUUAGCUGCUAUUAAAGAGUCGUUAUUUUUUUUUUCAUGUUAAGCAUUUAGUGUAUUUUGAAAACAAAAUAAAUGCAAGGAACCCUUUAAAAUGAUGUUUAUUUUAUG